CUUACACAUGUAAGUACACAGAGCACCUCCACUUCCAGAGGAUCAGCCCGGCCAGAGUGACACAACUCUUCCUUCCCCAGCAGAUCGCAAUCAGCCCAGCCAGUGCGCAGCAGCAUCCACUCGCAGCUCAUCUUUCAAAAGGACAACAUCUUAUUUUAUUGUUCAAGAAAGAAGUAAUCUUGUGUCUAUAGGAAAACAAUGUUGUUAUGGGUGUUAGCCCUCUUAGUCCUUUGUGUUAUUCUAUGGAGCUAUACUCGUAAAAGGCAACCAAAGAUUGAAGACGUCACUGAUAAGUAUAUCUUCAUUACGGGGUGUGACUCCGGCUUUGGGAACUUGGCGGCCAGGACUUUUGAUAAAAAAGGAUUUCGUGUGAUUGCUACCUGUCUGACUGAGGCGGGAUCAACAGCGUUAAAGGCGGAAACCUCCGAGAGGCUUCACACUGUGCUUCUGGACGUGACUGACCCAGAGAAUGUCAAGAGGACCGCCCAGUGGGUGAAAGACCACGUUGGGGAAAAAGGGCUCUGGGGUCUGAUCAAUAAUGCUGGUGUUGUCGGCGUGCUGGCUCCAACCGACUGGCUGACAGUGAAGGACUACAGAGAACCCGUAGAAGUGAACCUGUUCGGACUCAUCGAUGUGACCUUAAAUAUGCUUCCCUUGGUCAAGAAAGCUCGAGGGAGGGUCAUCAAUGUCUCCAGCAUCGGGGGGCGUCUUGCAUUUGGUGGAGGAGGCUAUACACUAUCCAAAUAUGGAGUAGAAGCCUUCAAUGACUGCUUAAGGCGGGACAUGAAAGCUUUUGGUGUGCACGUUUCUUGCAUCGAACCAGGAUUAUUCAAAACAGGAUUAUCAGAUCCAGUAAAGACUGCUGAGAAGAAAUUUGCCAUUUGGAAGGACCUGUCUCCAGAUAUCAAACACCAAUAUGGAGAAGGUUACAUUGAAAAAUGUAUGGACAAACUGAAGGGCACAGUAUCCUUCGUGAACGUGGACCUCUCCCUGGUAGUGGAGUGCAUGGACCAUGCUCUCACAAGUCUCUUCCCUAAGACCCGUUAUGCUGCUGGAAAAGAUGCCAAGAUUUUCUGGAUACCUCUGUCUCACAUGCCAGCAGUGUUGCAAGACUUUUUAUUGUUGAAACAGAAAGUAAAGCUGGCUAAUCCCAAGGCAGUGUGACUCAGCUAACCACAAAUGUCUGCUGCAGGCUAUGAGUUUGGCUGAUAUCAAGGACAUCCCUCCUUUUUAAUUUUAUUCCUUACCUAACCCAACGUGGACUCAUUUAGAUCAUGCUUCCUUUGGUAAAGGAAGAGAUCCCACCAUCCCUGAUGUCCCAGAGUCCCUUCUCAAGCCUUCCUUGAAAAGAAG